AUGAAUAAUGUCAAACAAACUGAACAGGUUAAAUCCAUAGUGUUGGAAGGUUAUGGCGGUUAUGAUAAAAUAAAAAUUAGAUGUUGGCCACUUGAAUUUUUAGGUUCAACAAGUGUAUGUGUCAAAGUUCAAUUAUGUGGUGUCAACUUUAGUGAUAUAUAUACUAGACAAGGUUUUCUACGUCAAUUAAAAACCCCCCGUGUGCUUGGAGCAGAAUGUUAUGGUACAAUAGAAACUAUUGGAAAUGAAGUGAACAAUUUUCAAUAUGGAGACCGAGUAGUAUGUUAUGUUUGGACAGGAGGACUGUUUGGAGAAAAGGUUAUAGUGCCAGCAAAUAAUUGUUUUUUAGUUCCAGAGAGUGUUAGUGGUCAAGACGCAGUUGCUCUACCCGCCAAUUAUUUGACUGCGUACUUGAGUAUUUUUACCAUGGGCAAUAUACAACCCGGAGAUACUGUUCUUAUACAUUCAAUUGCAGGAGGUGUUGGGUGUGCUGCUACUCAAUUGGCAAAUACUGUAAAGGAUACAGUUGUUGUUGGAACCGCUUCCGCAUCCAAACAUAAACAAUUAAAAGAAAAUGGAGUUUCACAUGUGUUACAUCAUGAAAACUAUGAGACACUGGCUAAAAAUGUAUCACCAGAGGGUUAUGAUUUAAUUAUAGAUAGUAUUGGUGGACCAAAUAUUGAGAUCAGUCAAACAUUACUAAAGCCUUGUGGUCGUUUAGUCAUCAUUGGUGGUAGUUGUUAUAUUAAUGGAGAAACAUUAAAAAUUGUAAGAUCACUAUCCAUGAAGUGGCAAACAAAAAAUUUGGUGCCUCAAACAAUGAUAGAAAAAAAUAUCACUGUUUGUGGUCUUCAUUUGGGUAUGCUAUUUGAUUCUAAUCCAAAGAAAAUUCAUUAUAUCAUGGAAGAAUUAUUAAAAAUGUUGAAGAAUAAUUUAAUAAAACCAACGAUUCAUGAGAUCUUACCAUUUGAUAAUGUAAUUGGAGCUCAAACAAUAUUGGCAGAAAGAAUGAAUUUUGGGAAAGUCUUAUUAAAGUUCAAUUAA